AUGGGCAAGAAAAAGCAUGGGAAGAGAGGUGGCCCAAAGGCCCGAGCUGAUAUGCCGACGGUGUUGAAUGCCUCGGACGUUUUCUUCGAUUUCGGGAAGGGAAAAUCGGGGGAGAGAAGCGUUGAAACAAAUGGACAAGUGCCCAAUGCCGAUAGGGUAUCUGAGGCAGAAAUAUACGACGAAGAAGCCGAAUAUCCUAGUUCAAGGGUAAUCAAGAGGGCUGCGAAUGGAGACGUUGUGGUAGAAACGAUUCCGAAUGACAAUAAGUCAAGCGUAGAACCAGAUCAACAGAAGAACGCCAAUAAUGGGGCCUUACCGACUAAACUGGAUUCACAUUGGGAGUCUUUGACUGCAGAGGAUAAGAAAAAUAUUUUACGAAUAGACAAAGAAGAGGUUUUUGAAGUGAUAAAAAGCUAUCAAAGCGCUAAUAGCUGCAGUUGUUCGGUGUGUGGACGUCGAAACGUCGCAAUGGAAAACGAAUUGGAACGCAUUUACAAUACGCUUUACGAUAAUGCCAAGCAAAUUAAUUCGGAUACGGAUUUUGUUCUAUUCCAUUUAAACAUGAUCAAAGAGCUUCAAAAAACUUCUUUCAGCGAACCAGGACAGCAUGCGAGCCCUCCGUCAUCGAAGACCUCACCACAAUACCUGGAAAAUAUGCGAGACGAAGCAGUCAAGUAUUGUCUCUCCAAUAAGGCAGUCGAUUCGCUGAAAGAGGAAGUUCUGCAGUUUAAGCACAACAAACAAAAACAACUGCAAAAGCUCACUAGCAUGGCUGACGAUGCGCAUACAAUGCAAGCUGCCAACCAUCACCAUCAUAGUAGUUCGCCAGAGCGACCAGAGCAUGCUGAGGCUGCUCCAGUGCGGCCGAAACCUCCCAUCCAAAGCGAGCAACAACCUACUCAACCUAAAUCUGGGGUUCAGGCUUCCAUACAACCAGAGGUUCUCCCAAGGCCGAAUCUGUCAAACUUGACAGAUCUCUUUUCUGAGAAGUCGGCAGCGGUUGAAAAAAUGCCUGAAGACGCCGCGGUAAAUGCUGAUGAGACUUCAAAGGAUACUAAUGAUGAGGUUCGGUCUCCAAAUCUUUCGCCUGGGCUCUACGUGACCUUCGGUGAGAACGGUAUGGCACCAGGUAUGAAAGGACCUGGAUUAUCGCAGUAUCUACAAUCUCCACUCACGCUUCCUUGGAGAUCCCUUAACGCGGAACCCAGUGACGACUUGAAGAAUAAGUACAUGGACUUUGCCAAGACUUUCGUGUCUUCACAUCCAAAGAUAGCCAAUGAAUAUGUCAAUAGGAUGAUGAUGUAUCCGGACAUCAGGGCCCUAACAGAAGACCUAAUGAAUAAUAAUGGACAAACAUUUACAAAAGCGAUGGAAGAUUUUAUUUUGAAACGAGGUGAACAUCCGGAAGGGGAUGUCGGCUUGUCAAGCGCGCAAAUGGAAGUUCCAGUGAGCGAUGGUCCACCGGUUUCUCGUGAGCAAUACAUGAAUCUUCAGCGCCAGAUCGCAGAGAAAUUGACAGGAUCACUCGAUUUUCAAAACAUGCGUGAGAGUGAAAGGGAGAAAUUACAAGACCAGCUCCUCUCUGGUGAUGCGCCCUCAAAUAUGUUGAUGUCGCAGUUAUUCAAAAGAAACGCUGCGCAGCAAAUGGACCUAACUAUCUCGGACAAUGAUCAAGCCAGUGUUGAGUAUGAUGAAGAGAACUACGAUGAGGAAUACUCGGAUUACGACGAAGACGAAUCUGAUUACGUGGAUGAAAUGUAUGAUGAUGAAGAUGAAGGGGAGGAUGAGGAAGAAGAUGAAGACGAUGACGAUGACGAUGAGGAACUCAGUGACGAACACUGUCCACAUCACUAUCAUCAUCAUUAUGGCGAUGAGGAAGCGGAAGCAGAGCUAGAAAAUGAGGAGAACAAUACUAUUGUUAACGACGAGGAAUACGACAGCGAAGUGGAUGAGCAAGAGCGUUUAGAAGAAGGAAGAAGGUUGAUACAAAUAGCUAUCACCAAAUUAUUACAAAAGAAGCUAGUAAACUCGUAUCAUGAAAAGCAAGCGGAAAACAAUCGACUUAGACUACUUCAAGAGCUGGAAGCUGAGGAGCAGAAAAAGAAGGAGAAAGAGGAGAAGAAACAACGUAAACGUGAGAAGGAAAAGGAAAAGAAGCGUUUGCAGCAGAUUGCUAAAGAGCAGGAAAAGCGCAAAAAGGAGGAGGAAGAUGAAAGGCGAAAGAAAGAAGCAGAAGAGCGUGAAAUGCAAAGGAGAGAAGCUCAAAGGCAAAGAGUUGAAGAAGCGAAGCGGAAGAAGGAUGAAGAGCGGAGACGGAAGUUGGAAGAACAAAGACGAAAGGAAGAAGAACAACAACAGCAAAAGAAAUUGAAGGAAGAGCAGAAAAAACAGAAGGAGAGAGAAAGGAAAGAGAAAGAGGAAUUAAAGAAACAAAAAGAGUAUGAAGUAAAGAAAAUGAAGGAACAGAAAAGGGUCGAAGGACAGGCAAGACUUAAAGCCGUCUCUAAAGCUACCGAUAGUGAGGAAGUUUUGGUGCAACGUACCGACUCACAGUCAAGCACGAGAAGAUUAAGCACACCCCCUGAGGCCGUGCCUUAUGGAAUUUCUGAUAGCGGUUUUAUGGGCAACAACGAGCUCUUGAAUAUGAUCAACGAAGCUGCUUCCAAAUCGGCGUCAACUUCUUCGUCACAUCUCCAGACUCUGUUCCGCGAUCAAAACCUUGCUCCUGAUGCGCAGGCAGUAUCCGCAGGUACUCCUUUGAGCGUGGAGCCCUCUGGACUUUUCAGUGGCAAUGGAACUGUGUUUUCCGCGGGCUCAUUGGAUUCGGCCACCAACGGCAGAUCCGGUAUAUCCAAUGGCUGGAAUAAUGCUCCACCUUACUUCCGUACCUCUCCUGAAAACUUAACUGCCUCUGUGGACGUGUGCCCUUUGAUGCCACCCGGCGUUGACGAACCUGUUUUCGCGCGCUUUUCCGAGAGUAGAGGCUCGAAAGGCAAUUUCAAUGACGAGUUAAACAACUUGACACAUUUCCUUUCGAGCGCAACGCUCUCAACAGAACCGCUGGCGGGUCAGCCCUCAAACCAAUUUUUGCCCACUAACGGCUUGUGGUCGGACAAAGGAGCGUCAAACUCUGCCACUGGUUUGGGCAUGUUGCCAAACUCUGCCUCCGCCUUGCCUCAGAGGCCGCGGCACAAGUCAAUCUGGAAUUCUAACGCAUCUGAGAAUCCACUUCCAAGAAGUUCUCCUUCAAAUAAACCAAACGCCGACGUCUGGGGCGCUUCAAGUUCUUUCCCAGACGUCAUCUCCGACGCUCUCACUCGAGCCUAUACAUUUUUGCAUCAGCAAAUGGCGAUAGACUUUGUACCUGUCGACAAGCUGUAUCAAACUACUCUGCUUUACUUGUCUCCCAACACAGACUUCACCUAUAAUGCUUUCGUAGCCAAAUUGAUGACUAUGCGGGCAACCUUACAAUGUGACGUUUUGACGGAUUCCGCUGGCUUAAUUUCUCACUCGAGAAUACUACAACCGGAUUCCCAGCGUCCUUCCCGCGGUUAUCAACCCACGCCGUCGCCUUUUUCCCAGCCAAUACCCCAUUCUGAAGACGUAAGAGCCAUCCCAAACGCUCUUUUCGAAGAAUUAUAUUCUCCAUCAGCCAGCGACAUCCACACGACGGUGAACGCGGGCUCCUCGCAAUUCGACUAUAACCAACCUUUUGCUCAACCUCGGACAAGCAACAUCUGGCAAUAA